GUGGAGACCCACGUCUGUGCUAGCGACGGGCGCCGCCCGGGAUCGCGCGUCGGAACUGCGGGGAGGCGUGCUGACAGUAAUGCACCAUCGUCAGCCCUGGAUGGACAACAUCGCGAGAAUUGCGUUUCCAAACAUCUCAUACUUUUCAAUUCUGAAUUCUGCAGGUUUCCUUUUAUAGCAAGAAUUGGUACCGUCCUAAACAUGUGCACUCCGUGCCGGUGGUCAGUACUAUGA